AUGUAAUAAACAAAUUUUAAUCUGUUUGAAUAUACAUUAGAUGAAUAAUUGAUUCAAGAGUAAGAUCCAAAUAAAUAAAUUAAUAAAGACUCAGGUGGAUUAAUGGAUUUCAAUCCUUUAGGAUUAUCAUUAUUUUUGGAAGCCAAUAAUCAACAAGAAGUGAUUAAUAAGAAAAUUUUUGCUUAAAUUUUAAAAAUGAUCGAGGAUAAAUUGUUAGAAUUAGAAUAAAGAUUAGAUAAUAGAGAUGAAAUUAAAUAUAUUAAUUCUUAAAUAAACAUGUUAAAGCCAGCUGAUUAUUAAUUUGCAUAAAAAUAAAAUGAUGAUACAUAAUCAGAACAGAUUAAAUAAAGUAUAAAUUCUAUUUGUUUUAGGAAAAUUUAGUUAAUAAUCUGAUUUUGAAAUUAGUUUACCUCAAGCAGUACCAUAAUAAGAUUAAUUGUAGAAAAAUUCAUAAAAACCUCUAAAAUAUCGUUCUAAAUUAGGAAGAGCUAAUACUGAAAUAACAAAAAUUGAUUUAAAGAAUAAACCUAAUGAUGAAUAAUUACAUUAAAAAAUAGAAUAAUUUAAUAAAAAGCUUAAGUUAUUGACAGAAUAGGUGAAUAAGAUAUAAUAAACAGAAGGUUAAUUUUCAAAGAAAAUUGAAUAGCAAAUAAACAAUUAAUUAAAAGAUACUUAGAAUAGAUUAAUCUAAUAUGAAAAAUUAUUUAAGUAAGUGGAAUAAAAAAAUUAAGAGGUAAAUGAAAAUUAAAGAGACUUUUUAAUUCACUUAUAAUAGGAAAGAUAAGAGAUUAAGUAAAAAAAAAUAAUUACAUACUAGCUUUAUUUCUUCAGAAUUAACACGAAUCAAUGAUGAGCUUAAGAUCAAUAUAACCUAAAUAGAAUCCAAUUUUUUAGAGCUAACAAAUUAAGUUAAGGAAUAAAAAAAUGAACUAAUAUUACAAAAAUCCUUUUUAGAAUCUAUUGAUAAUGAUUUUUUGAUUAUGUUAAAGAAAUUUAAAGAUUUGUAAAAUGAACUUGCAAAAAAAAAAUUGAACUCUAGUUAGUUAAAUUCGAAGCUUCUCUAAUGA